AUGAAAUCCGAAGUAUCACAAGGACUUCAAAACGGCGCUAGUUCCGUGCCACACAAGUCACGCCGUCAAGAGAAUAGUGGCUUGAAAAAGAUUGCCAAAAACAAACGCAACGGCAAUAUAAGAAGAGAAGAAAAUCAUCUCAAGCAGAAAAUUUUGAAAAAGAAAACAGAAGUAAAGCAAGAGACUUCUGCUACUAAACCUCUUUUUCACCCUUGUCGAUCUGUUGACGAGUUUCAAUACCUCAGUAGAAUUGAUGAAGGAGCAUUCGGGGUUGUGCACAGAGCAAGGGACAGACAAACUGGGGAAGAAGUUGCUUUAAAACAACUUAAACCAAUCAAUAAAAGGGAAGGACUCUCCAUCGCCGCUCGUCGAGAACUGGGAAUCUUACUAAAGAUGAAGCAUCCCAACAUAGUCGCAGGAGGGGGAAUGGCGUUCAACCCCUUAGGCGAGGAAGUAUUUAUAGUCAUGGAGUACGUUGACUAUGAUCUAAAAAGUUUUUUGGAGACAAUGCGUGUCAACGGACAAAUGUUCUCAACAGAACACGUAAAGUGCCUGAUGACGCAGCUCCUGAGUGCCGUGCAACACCUCCAUGACCAUCAAGUGUUGCAUAGGGACUUAAAGACGAACAACGUACUCCUAUCUGGAGAUGGUGUUGUUAAGGUGGCAGAUUUUGGGUUGGCUAGGGAGUAUGAAUCUCCUGCUGGGCAAUAUACACCCGGCGUAGUCACGCGAUGGUAUCGUGCACCUGAACUGCUAUUGCUGUCUAGUGAAUACUCCGCUGCUAUUGACAUGUGGAGUGUUGGGUGUAUAUUUGCCGAACUCAUCACCUUGCAACCACUGUUUCCCGGAAAAUCUGAAUUGGAUCAACUGAACAAGAUCUUCCGGGAACUGGGGACGCCUUCAGAUAUCAUUUGGCCCGGAUUCAGUGCUUUACCAAUUGUAAAGAAUAUAGUUUUCCACAACUAUCCGACAGGCGGUUUGCAGGAGAGGAUAAACUGUGGAAAAUUUUCUAAUAGCGGUUUAGCUUUGCUAGAAGGAUUUUUAGCGUAUGAUCCAGCUAAAAGAAUGACAGCAGCUGAUGCUUUAGAACAUGGAUUCUUCAAAGAGGAGCCGGUAGCGAUCGAACCUGCCGAGUUCCUGACGUGGCCUGCUCUCUGUGCCGAUCUAGAUGAGGCUCUCGGCACUGGUUCACAUCAUUGCCAACUCCUCUUAAGUGGUAAUUAA